UCGCCCGCUUUCAAGUUCUAACUGAACCCUCGUUCUCUACCAUUCGCCAGUUGAAAUUUUCUGCAUCCAUGAUUCUCACCUAGAUUUAUCCAUAAUUGUUGUUACUUUAUUUUUUUGUGCUUUUGGAAAUGGAGAAAUCACAAUCGGGAGAGAACGUCUUCAGCCUUCGAAUCGUGUCUAUCGAUUAUUACAUGGCGCCUCCCAUUCCCGACCUCGACAUUUGUUACAGUAGUUUCCAAGGUGGUAAGGUGAACGAAGUGCCGGUAAUAAGGAUUUAUGGAUCCACUCCGGCUGGCCAGAAGACUUGCUUACACGUUCACCGGGCUUUACCAUAUUUCUAUGUGCCAUGUUCAGAGGCAUCGCUUCGAACACAGGAGGAAGGUAAUGUAUAUGUACAUACUGUGGCUCUUGCUAUUGAGAAGGCCCUAAAGCUUAAAGGUAGUUUUGGGUCAAAAAGACAGCAUGUGCAUGGUUGCAGCCUUGUGCGGGCAAGAAAAUUAUAUGGCUACCAUUCACAGGAGGAACUGUUUGUGAAGAUAUACCUAUAUUAUCCACAUGAAGCUGGCCGUGUUGCUAAUCUCCUCCUGGGAGGUGCUGUUUUAGAUAAAAGUUUCCAGCCCCACGAAUCACAUAUUCCUUAUCUUCUACAGUUUUUGCAGGUUGACUAUAACCUCUAUGGCAUGGGUCUAUUACAUUUAUCAAUGGUGAAGUUUCGCCAUCCAUUGCCUGAUGAGUUCAUUCCAAGGGCAGCUCAUUUCAAUGUUCAACAUCGACAGGAAUCACAAAAGCUCAGUGCUUCUAUGCAUCUUCAGGCAGAUUCAAGUGGUGAUGCAUGUCUCAGUUCAUGCGUUUGGAUAGCUUCCACUAUUCCAAGUGGUUGGACAUGGCCGUGUUCCAUUGAGGUCGAUGCUUGGGAAGACAUGAGCUGCAUUAAACGCCAAAGUUCCUGUGAGCUUGAGGGAGAUGCUACUGUCGAUGAUAUUCUAAACCAACAAGUUAAAGUGUAUUCAUCUCUUUCGCAGACUCAUUCAGAAGUGAAAAUGGUUCAGUCACUUAUACCUAUCUGGGAGGAGGAGUUUGAAAGAACAGGGAUUUGUCAAACGUCAAUGUCUCCUGAUCCAAGCAAACCACUUCCUGAAAAUGUUUUGCGAAGUCUUUCACAUGGGCUUGAAUUUGAAAGCACCCUCCUGGAUCUUUGUGAGAAAGCAAAAAAUUUAUGCCAAAAUAUCCUCUUGGAGGAGAGUGAAAAGUUUGUGCAGUCUAUUAAAUCCUUGUCAGAGGCUGGAAACGCAGUUGAAUCUGUGGAGCAGAUAUGUACCAAUAAUUCUCAGGAAGAAUCUUCAAAGUUUGAUGGGAUGCCUUCCUUAGAGGGGGAUGCAGGACCUGACCUAUGUCCAGUCAAUCAGAAAGCAUUGGCAUCUGAAACGACUGAAAUUUCAGAUACAAAGGUUGUAGACGAGGAGGCACUGGGGCUUCUUAGGUGGUUUUCCUCCUCCCAAGCUGCAGAAGAAUUGAACACUGAUGAUGUACUUGUUCAUGAGUCCAUUCUGAGUCCCUUGUUGCCUAAAAAAUCCAUUGACAAGUUUCUGGAAAAUGCUAAUUUUCUUUACGAGAAUGAAUCCCAACAAGAGUGUCAGGACAUUCUUGAUUCAGUUGAGGAUCUAGUUGACCUUGAAGACCUAACCAACAGUGCUGCCCAUUCUACACAUCAUAGCCGUUUACCACAAACAUCAUCAACGGACAUCAUUCCUCAGGUGGAUGGCUUGUAUGACGAUCAAUCCACAACUCCUGCUAGUGAUACAUCCGAAGAGCACCACUGCAAAUUGGAGAGGUCUUCUUCUGACCAGGUUGUGCAAGAUACUUUAAUUUGUCCUGGUGAUGAAAGCAUGAAAAAACCAUUGCGAGGCUCUUUAACCUUUACUACACCACAUAAGGUGAAUACUGAUAUGCAGUCUUCCGGUUUUAAUUUGACUGAUCUAUGUAGCAAGAAGACGAAAGAUGGCAAACCUACCAGUUCUUUGGCCAGAAACACAGCAGGAUGUUCUGAUGCUUUGGUGUCGAAUACAGACAAAGAUAUUUUUAGUUUCAGGGAAGCAAAUAAGUUAACUGAAUGUUCUGUGAGGGAAUUGAUGAGAAAAAAGCGAUGCUACCGGAUUGGACCAUCCGAAAACCGAAGUUGUACAUUUAAAAAGGCCCUUUUGGAGGAGCAGAAAGAGGAAAAGCGGAAAGAAGAGACAUCUCUCUAUCCAAAGCGGCUGGAGUUUCAUGCCAUAGAGGAAGAUGAACAGGUUAUGAUGCCCACUGAAACUCCCAAUAAGAAUCCUUUUUUUACUGACCAGAAAGGAGAAGUUUGUGUGAGGAGCUCUUCUAUGAAAACUCAUGCAGCAGAGGGGCUGGAGCAAACAGAGGGUGUCAGUUCAGUCUGUUUGGCAAGUUCUUCUGUAGAACAUGCAAGGUUUUGUGAUGGUGGUCACAUUGUCAGAAACAAUCUGGAUGGUGCUGCCAUGGAAUUUGCACCUUAUACGUGUUCUGAGAAUCUUCUGAACAUAAAUAUUUCAGCCGAUGCCAUUGUCCGGCAGAGUGAGAAUGGUGGUUCUGGAGAAGAAGAUGCUCCGACUUGUUUACCUUUGCCUGAAAAGUCAUUGCCGACAGUCAUCGAUAGUGAAAGAAGAGAUAUAGAAUAUAUUGAGAUGGCCUUCAAAAAUAAACCCCCUACUAUAGAAUGGACAGACGGGAUAUCUGAGGAUCCUCCACCAGCUUCUAGUUUACAUGAUUGUGAUCUUCCUGGGGUCAUGGAAAAUUAUGAGGGUACAUUGCAUUGCAGUUCCAAUUUACUGGAUAUUAAAAGGGUAGAUGAUGGUGAACUCCUCCCAUUUUUUGUGGGCAACUACCAAGAAGAGAAAGAAGCCCAUCACAAGUCUUACGGAAAUACUGAACUCAAUAUUCAUCAAGAAACUGUUCUGGGUGUCCCUACUCACUAUCAAAAUGAUGGUUCUUUUCUAUACUUGUUGACGCCUAUAUUUUCACCACCGCCUGUGGACUCUGUUCAUAAAUGGUUAUCGAAUAGUGUGACAGGUACCUUGGGAGAGAAAUCCCAGGAGCAGCCUUUUCCAAGACCUGACAUUCAUCUAGGUCUUGAAAAUGUGAAGAAUAAUUCUUCCGGUAUUGGGGAAAUAUCGUCUGAGCUCCAUGACCUUCCUGUGGCUUCGCCUAGUCAUCAGUUGAUCUCACAAAGUUCUUCAGCUGGUGCUUUUUUUGAGACUUCGCCUGUAUCUGAUGUGAAGCAUAGUUUGGAUCAGUUCAGUCAAGAUAGCCAUGGAAACCUGAAUACAGAAAUUGAUCUUCGUCAUACUGUGAAUACACCAACUGUACCCGAGCUAGAAAGGACAAAUAUGAAAGGAAAAGCAUGUGGUGAAAACUGGCAAGAUAUCUCUCAGAUUUCUGCCCCAGAUAAAAAACCAAAGCUUACCCCUCUCAGUCAAACUGGAUUCCGUGAUCCUGCAAGUAUUGGUGCUGGCCAACAACUAACGUUGCUGAGUAUAGAGGUUCUUGCAGAAUCAAGAGGAAAUCUUCGACCUGAUCCUCGAAUAGAUGCUGUCAAUGUUAUAGUUCUUGCAGUUCAGGAGGAUAAUUGUGUAGACAUUAAUGUUCUUGUGCUGUUGCAUAGUAAUGAUGGGGAAUCAUGUCAAAGAAAUCCUGAUGGAAUAACUGGUUGCAAGGUGCUAGUUACCUCCGAGGAGAAACAGUUAUUUUACCAUUUUGUGCAGAUUAUUGUCUCAUUAGAUCCAGAUAUUUUGAUGGGUUGGGAAAUACAAGGUGGUUCACUUGGCUUUUUAGCUGAAAGGGCUGCACAUCUUGGUGUGCGUUUGCUGAAUAAAAUAUCUCGGACACCCCUACCGGAAACCAAAAUCGCAGCCAAAGAUUCAUCAGAUGGUGAAAAAUCUGUGCCAGAUAAUCUGCUUCCUGAAUCCUUGUUUGGUGAUUCUAUUUUAGAAAAUACGAUAAUUGAGGAUGAAUGGGGACGCACUCAUGCUAGUGGUGUCCAUGUUGGUGGAAGAAUUGUCCUCAAUAUUUGGCGAUUGAUGCGUGAUGAAAUUAAACUUAACAUGUACACUCUUGAAUCUGUGGCUGAAGCAGUUCUGCGACGAAAAAUUCCAUCAAUCCCUUGCAGAACAUUGACACAAUGGUUUUCUAGUGGUCCUAGUCGAGCAAGAUUUCGAUGUAUAGAAUAUGUCAUAGAGAGGUCAAAGCUGAACCUUGAGAUUAUGAAUCAACUUGAUAUGAUAAAUCGCACAUCAGAGCUUGCCCGUGUCUUUGGCAUUGACUUCUUUUCAGUUCUUUCUCGGGGUUCACAAUAUCGUGUUGAAUCUAUGCUUCUGAGAUUGGCGCAUACACAAAACUACCUUGCCAUUUCUCCCGGCAAUCAACAGGUAGCUUCACAGCCUGCAAUGGAGUGCCUACCUCUUGUAAUGGAGCCAGAAUCUGGAUUUUAUGCAGACCCAGUUGUUGUUUUGGAUUUUCAGUCUCUUUAUCCGUCAAUGAUAAUCGGAUACAAUCUCUGCUAUUGUACAUGCCUUGGGAAAGUUGUGCCUUCAAAAGUGAAUACGCUUGGUGUGAGCUCAUUCUCUCCAGAUCCUCAACUUCUUACAAAUCUAAAACAUCAGAUACUGUUAACUCCAAAUGGUGUUAUGUAUGUCCCUCCAAAGGUUCGGAAAGGCAUACUACCCCGUUUAUUGGAGGAAAUUCUAUCAACCAGGAUCAUGGUGAAACAGGCAAUGAAGAAGUUGACGCCUCCACAAAGAGUUCUAUUUAGGAUAUUCAAUGCAAGACAGUUGGCUUUGAAGCUGAUAGCAAAUGUCACUUACGGUUAUACAGCUGCGGGCUUCAGCGGUCGCAUGCCAUGUGCAGAACUUGCAGACAGUAUUGUCCAGUGUGGCCGCAGAACCCUGGAGACUGCUAUCUCGUUUGUAAAUAUGCAUGACAAGUGGAAUGCAAGAGUGAUUUAUGGGGAUACUGACAGCAUGUUUGUCCUCCUCAAAGGACGCACUGUCAAAGAAUCCUUCAAAAUUGGACAGGAGAUUGCGGCUGCAAUAACUGCAAUGAAUCCACAUCCAAUCACAUUGAAAAUGGAGAAGGUGUAUCACCCAUGCUUCCUCCUUACGAAGAAACGCUAUGUUGGAUACAGUUUUGAGAGCCCUGAGCAGGCUGAACCAACUUUUGAUGCUAAAGGUAUUGAGACAAUUCGCAGAGAUACUUGCGGGGCUGUUGCAAAGACACUGGAGCAAUCAUUAAGGAUCUUUUUCACGCAUCAAGACAUCUCUAAGGUUAAAUCAUAUUUGCAGCGCCAGUGGACAAAAAUUUUACGUGGAAGGGUGUCCCUCCAGGAUUUUGUAUUUGCAAAGGAGGUACGCUUGGGUACUUACAGUUCUAGGGCCUCCUCACUUCCACCAGCCGCAAUUGUUGCCACUAAAGCAAUGAGGAUUGAUCCUAGGUCUGAACCCCGCUAUGCAGAGCGGAUACCAUAUGUUGUAGUCCAUGGUGAACCUGGGUCCCGCCUUGUUGAUAUGGUUGUAGAUCCACUGGAUGUUUUGAGAAUUGAUUCUCCUUAUAGGCUGAAUGAUCUAUAUUACAUCCAGAAGCAAAUAAUCCCGGCACUUCAGCGAGUGUUUGGACUUAUUGGUGCUGACUUGAACCAAUGGUUUUUGGAGAUGCCCCGCCCAGUUAUGCCAGUUAGGCCAAAUUUAUCUAAACGACAAGCAAAUCAACAGCGAACAAGAAUAGAUUAUUAUUACCUCUCAAAAUCCUGUAUUGUGUGUGGGGAGUUGGUCCAAGCAUCAAGCCAUCUGUGUGAUAAUUGCUCCAAGAAGCAAUUGGUGGUCGCAACUGCUGCGAUUGGUAGAACAUCAAAAUUGGAGCGGGACAUUCAACACCUUGCUGCUAUAUGUCAGCACUGUGGAGGCGGUGACUGGGUUGUUGAAAGUGGGGUGAAGUGCAUGUCACUUUCAUGUGCAGUGUUCUAUGAGAGGCGGAAAGUUCAGAAAGAAUUGCAAGCCCUUUCUUCUGUUGCUAUGGAAGCUGGAUUCUACCCUAAGUGCAUGGUGGAGUGGUUUUGAAAUGUUUUUCUACUCAUUGUUGUGCCAUCUUCCAUGGAAUUGCUCUAAUUAAUGUUCUGUCCUGCAUAUGUAAAGU